GUCGGAGGGAGCGCGGCGCGGCGCGGCGAGGCGAGGGGCGCGGGCUCGAGGGGCCGGCACAAAUGGUCAGGCGGCGGCGGCGGCGGCGGAGGCGGCGGCGGUAGUCGGAGGCGCGGCGGGCGCUGCCGCCGGUGCGGGCAGAGCUGCGUGCUGCGGCCGCGCGAGUGGCGGCCGGGGCUGCCCCGUCCCUGCCCGCCGCUCCCUUCAUGAGUCGCAAGUUCGGGCCGGGAGGAGCAGCGGCGGCGGCGGCGGCGACGGGGCGGCGGGAACCCGGCUGGGCAGGCGGCACCGACUGAGCAUGGCCGAGCGGCGCGGGCCGGCGGCGAGCGGCGGCGGGGAAGUUGGCGGCGGGCGGCGGGCGGGCGGCAGCCGGUGCCCGCGGCUGCCGCCGCCGCUACUGCUGCUGCUGCUGUGGGCGGCGGCGGUGCCGGCCGGGGGCCAGCCGCCGGCGCCGCAGUACAACGGCGAGCGGGGCAUCUCCAUCCCGGACCACGGCUACUGCCAGCCCAUCUCCAUCCCUCUCUGCACCGACAUCGCCUACAACCAGACCAUCAUGCCCAACCUGCUGGGCCACACCAACCAGGAGGACGCGGGGCUGGAGGUGCACCAGUUCUACCCGCUGGUGAAGGUGCAGUGCUCGGCCGAGCUCAAGUUCUUCCUCUGCUCCAUGUACGCCCCGGUGUGCACCGUGCUGGAGCAGGCCCUGCCGCCCUGCCGCUCCCUCUGUGAGCGGGCGCGCCAGGGCUGCGAGGCCCUCAUGAACAAGUUUGGCUUCCAGUGGCCCGACACGCUGCGCUGCGAGAAGUUCCCGGUGCACGGGGCCGGCGAGCUCUGCGUGGGGCAGAACGCCUCCGAGCGUGGCACCCCCACGCCCGCCCUGCGCCCCGAGAGCUGGACCAGCAACCCCCACCGCGGGGGCACCGGCGGCGGCCUCGGGGGCUCAGGGCCCGGUGAGCCCCGUGGGCGCUUCUCCUGCCCGCGGGCGCUGAAGGUGCCCUCCUACCUGAACUACCGCUUCCUGGGGGAGAAGGACUGCGGGGCACCCUGCGAGCCCGGCCGCCUCUACGGGCUUAUGUACUUUGGGCCCGAGGAGCUGCGCUUUUCCCGUACCUGGAUCGGCAUCUGGUCGGUGCUCUGCUGCGCCUCCACCCUCUUCACUGUCCUCACCUACCUGGUGGACAUGAAGCGGUUCAGCUACCCUGAGCGGCCCAUCAUCUUCCUUUCGGGCUGCUACACGGCAGUGGCCGUGGCCUACAUCGCCGGCUUCCUCCUGGAGGAGAGGGUGGUCUGCAACGAGCGCUUCACCGAGGACGGCUCCCGCACUGUGGCGCAGGGCACAAAGCGGGAGGGCUGCACCAUCCUCUUCAUGAUGCUCUACUUCUUUGGCAUGGCCAGCUCCAUCUGGUGGGUCAUCCUCUCCCUCACCUGGUUCCUGGCCGCCGGCAUGAAGUGGGGCCAUGAGGCCAUCGAGGCCAACUCCCAGUACUUCCACCUGGCCGCCUGGGCCGUGCCAGCCAUCAAGACCAUCACCAUCCUGGCCCUGGGACAGGUGGAUGGGGACGUCCUCAGUGGCGUUUGCUUUGUGGGCAUCAACAACGUGGAUGCCCUGCGGGGCUUCGUGCUGGCCCCCUUAUUCGUCUACCUGUUCAUCGGCACCUCCUUCCUGCUGGCUGGCUUUGUGUCCCUCUUCAGGAUCCGGACCAUCAUGAAGCACGAUGGCACCAAGACGGAAAAGCUGGAGAAGCUCAUGGUUAGGAUAGGCAUCUUCAGUGUCCUCUACACAGUGCCGGCCACCAUCGUCAUUGCCUGCUAUUUUUACGAGCAAGCUUUUAGGGAACAGUGGGAGAGGAGCUGGGUCACGCAGAGCUGUAAGAGCUACGCCAUCCCCUGCCCCAACAACCACAGCAGCCACCACCCACCCAUGAGCCCCGACUUCACCGUCUUCAUGAUCAAGUAUCUCAUGACCUUAAUUGUGGGCAUCACCUCGGGCUUCUGGAUCUGGUCUGGGAAAACCCUGAACUCCUGGAGGAAGUUUUACACCAGGCUCACCAACAGCAAGCAGGGUGAGACCACCGUCUGAGACCCCUGCCCGCCGGGCCAGGGGGAUGGCAGGCAGAUGGAGGACCGGGGCUCUGCUUUGGGAAGCAGCUCCUCAUCCGGCCUGGGCAAACUUUGGGGACCGCGAGUCGCUUCCGCAGGCGGCGGCGAGCGGAGGACGAGCCAGGUGGGGAGCCCUGCGCCUGGGACCGGCCGGCUCUGCCCUCCCCGCUCCUCCCGGGCUGUCUCCUGUAGGAACUGAGCGCACUGUCAGGUUGGGGGAGAGGGAUGUAAAUAGCCUCUGUAAGAUUUUGUAAGUAUAUUUGUAUUUAAAUUACAAAAAUCUCACUUUUUUAAUUAUUUUGAACACUUUUAACCCAUUUGCGGAUUUUGAUUCCUCGCCCCCCUCCUUUUUUUAAUUUAAAAAAAAAAAAAGGCGUUGGAUUUUUAUUUCGUAGGGCAGGAUGGGAAAAACUGCCGGUAAAAGAAACCAAAACAAUCCCCUUUCUUCUUCCCCACACAGUGUUGUAAUGGCUUUGCUUGGAGUUUCAGUCGCAUGAGCGGCAGGGCCCGGAGCCGGGCCGCUGCCACUGCCGGGGGCGCCUCCUGACGCGGGCUGGGCCGCGGGCCCUCGGCCCGGCCUGCCAGAGGUACGUGGCGGUGGGGUCGGGGAGGAGCGCCGCUUCCCGCCCCGGCCCCGGCCUCGGCCCCGUGUGGGGGAGGAUGGAACCCCCGCCCGGCCCCAUCCGGGGAGGACAGACAGCCGCCCGACCGUGCCGCAGGGACGGCGCUUCACUUCGCCUCGGCCGGCCGCAGCGGAGUCGAGGCCCGCUGACCUCGGCGAGACCUGCCAGACCCUUUUUUGGGGGGCGGGGGGUAGAAACAAAGCCCAGCGCUGCCCGGCCUUUCUGUGCGGGGAGACCCUCUCCGCAGUGCCCCGCGGGUUGGCUGCCGGCUGCCCUCUUCCGUUUUUACAAAAUUUAUUUAAAUGCACCACAUAGUUUAAGAGGAGUUGGCCUGUUUCGUUGUAGGAGUUGAGGUUUAACACCGUCUGCACCUGUAGCACGUCCGAUGGCUUAGGAGGUGGCUGGGGACAUAGAUAUACCGAACUUCCUCCGGUUGGGUUGGCUGUUUUUUUGUUUCUAUUUUAUUUUAUUUGGAGCCCCCUUGUCGGGGUGAGGGCUGUGGCGGCGGAGCGGGGCCGCUGCCGGCGCUGCCCGGGGCGCCCUGCGGGUGCUCCCGCCGCCUCCUGCCCCGGCCCCCGCCCUGCCGGGCCGCUGCUGCCGGGGCUUGGCAGGAGCAGGAAAUACGGGCUCCGUAAAAGAGCUUCAUCGAAAUGAAACGCUGCAUUCAGUUUUUUGUUGGGUUUUUUUGGUGUUUUGUUUUUUUUUUUUCCCUCUCCUUAAUUAUAUCCAUAAGCUGGCUUCUCAUUUGGGAAACAUCGGAGCCAUUGCCAUUCCCCUGAAUUUUAAUUCAUUGACAUUUAAUUCAUUGCACAUUAUGAGGGUGUGAUGAUUUUUGCCAGUAGUAAAAACAAAGGAAAGGAAAACAGAAACCCAGAAUGUUUAAGCACUCUGGUGGGAUGCGAGACCUUAGAGCCUCUGCUGUCUUUUUUUUCCCCUCUUUUUAUCGGUACUGUAAUAUUGCAUACUACAAAGAUAAGGUACCAUGUGUGCAGUAUAUCUACUACCUUGUAUGCUCCUGGGUGUGUGGGAUUGUGCUUCUUAAUACAAAAAAAAGGUUAAAAAUGAAAUUGUAACUUUCAACAAAUGCAUUUGAAUAUUUAGACCUCUGUAUGAAAAACAGCAGAAUGCUUCUCUCCUGAUUGUAUUGUUUUAAACUUUUUUUAUAUUACAAAUGCCUGUAUUUAGGUUCAUAAACAGUAUCUAUGGCUACCAUACCCUGAAAUGCAAAAUUAUUUGAAUUUGGUAUGCAUUUAUUUCUGUUCAUUAUCACAAGAUCAUCUAUAUUUAUAGAGGAAUAGAAAUUUAUAUAUAUUAAAUACCAUAUUUUUAAUUUCUUUGAAAUAAAUUGAGGUUUUGUACAAAA